AUGAGUUACGGCAAGAAAGACGAAGACGCCGACCUGGGCUUGGUCAAGGUGGACAGAACGCAGGUUUUCCAAGAAGGUGAGAUUCUCAAUUUGGGCUCCCGUGGUUUCUUCCUACGCUUCUCCCACCGCGACCCCUUGAGCACCAGGAGCAACACGGAGCGAGACGCCCGCCUUUUCAACAGUUCUCCCAUCCAACCGCGAAGAUGUCGUAUUCUUCUGACCAAACUGUUACUCCUUCUCUACACCGGCGAGAAGUUCCCCACGAACGAAGCGACGACCCUCUUCUUCGGAAUCUCGAAGUUGUUCCAACAUAAAGAUGCCAGUCUUCGACAGACCGUACACCUUGCGAUCAAGGAGUUGGCGCCGUCGGCCGAGGAUAUCAUCAUGGUUACCAGCACCGUGAUGAAGGAUACUGGAGGCAGCACCGAUGCUGUGUUCCGACCCAACGCCAUCCGCGCUCUGUGCCGCAUUAUCGACGCGACCACUGUUCAAUCCAUUGAGCGAGUUAUGAAGACGGCAAUUGUCGACAAGAACCCCUCCGUAUCGUCCGCCGCCCUCGUUUCCUCCUACCACCUUCUCCCGAUCGCCAAGGAUGUCGUCCGCCGCUGGCAGAGCGAGACUCAGGAGGCGGCGGCCUCCACCAAGUCCUCCGGCGGCUUCUCCCUCGGCUUCUCCUCCUCGAGCGGGCAAUUGCCUGCGAACAACUCCACCAUGCCCCAAUACCACGCGAUUGGUCUCCUGUACUCGAUGCGCAUGCACGACCGCAUGGCGCUGGUCAAGAUGGUUCAGCAGUUCGGUGCGGCCGGUGCCGUCAAGAGCUCUGCCGCGAUCGUUAUGCUCGUUCGUCUGGCUGCCCAGCUCGCCGAGGAGGACCCGUCGCUCAGGAAGCCCAUGAUGCAGCUGCUGGAUGGCUGGUUGCGCCACAAGAGCGAGAUGGUCAACUUCGAGGCUGCCAAGGCCAUCUGCGACAUGCGGGAUGUCACCGACGCCGAGGUGUCCCAGGCCGUCCACGUUCUCCAGCUGUUCCUCACCUCCCCUCGCGCUGUCACCAAGUUCGCCGCUCUCCGUAUCCUCCACAACUUCGCCUCCUUCAAGCCGAACGCCGUCAACGUCUGCAACCCCGACAUCGAGCUCCUGAUUUCUAACAGCAAUCGAUCGAUCGCCACGUUUGCCAUCACUACCCUCCUCAAGACCGGCAACGAGGCUAGCGUCGACCGCCUGAUGAAGCAGAUCUCUGGUUUCAUGUCCGAGAUUACCGAUGAGUUCAAGAUCACGAUUGUCGAGGCCAUCCGCACGCUGUGCUUGAAGUUCCCCAGCAAGCAGGCUGGUAUGCUUGCUUUCCUCAGCGGUAUCCUCCGCGACGAGGGUGGCUACGAGUUCAAGCGCGCCGUUGUCGAGAGCAUGUUCGACCUGAUCAAGUUCGUACCGGAAUCCAAGGAGGAUGCGCUCGCCCAUCUCUGCGAGUUUAUCGAGGACUGCGAGUUCACCAAGCUCGCCGUCAGAAUCCUGCACCUUCUCGGUCUCGAGGGACCCAAGACUUCCCAGCCGACCAAGUACAUUCGCUACAUCUACAACAGAGUGGUCCUGGAGAACGCCAUCGUCAGAGCUGCCGCGGUUACCGCCCUCGCCAAGUUCGGCGUUGGCCAGAAGGACCCCGAGGUCAAGCGCAGUGUCGAGGUUCUCCUCACCAGAUGUUUGGACGAUGUCGAUGACGAGGUCAGAGAUCGUGCCGCUCUCAACCUCAGACUCAUGCACGAGGAUGACGAGGUUUCGGAGAAGUUUGUCAAGAACGACAGCAUGUUCUCUCUGCCGUACUUCGAGCACCAGCUCGUCAUGUACGUCACAUCCGAGGACAAGUCUGCGUUCGACACGCCAUUCGAUAUCUCUCAGAUCCCUGUCGUCACUAGGGAGCAGGCUGAUGCCGAGGACCGCACCAAGAAGCUCACAGCGACUGCUCCAUCGCUCAAGCCUCCCAAGGUCGGCCCCACGAAGUCUGCUGCUGGUGGCGCGGAGGCUGCCGCAUCAGCCACGGCUGCUGCCCAGCGUUACGCUCAGGAGUUGAUGCAGAUCCCCGAGAUGAAGGAGUUUGGCAGCGUGCUCAAGUCGUCGCCUGUUGUCGAGCUCACCGAGUCCGAGAUGGAGUACGUCGUCACCGUUGUCAAGCACAUUUUCAAGGAGCACAUUGUGUUCCAGUACGAGAUCAAGAACACUCUCCAGGCUACCGUUCUGGAGAACGUGUCAGUGGUCGCAACACCAUCCGAAGAGGAGGAGCUCGAGGAGGUCUUCAUCAUCCAAGCCGAGAAGCUCCCUACGGACGAGCCCGGCAAGGUUUACGUUGCGUUCAAGAAGGUUGGCGGAGAGGGAUCUAUGCCCGUCAGCAGCUUCUCCAACAUCCUCAGAUUCACCAGCAAAGAGAUCGACCCAACGACGAACGAGCCGGAGGACACUGGUUACGACGACGAGUACGAGGUGGCCGAGUUCGAUUUGUCAGGCAGCGACUACGUCGUCCCGACGUUCGCCAGCAACUUCAACCACAUUUGGGAGCAGGUUGGCGCGGCCGGCGAGGAGGCCGAGGAGACGUUGCAGUUGAGCAGCAUGAAGAGCAUCGCAGAGGCAACGGAACAACUGGCGAAGGUCUUAUCUUUGCAGCCUUUGGAGGGCACAGACGUGCCUGUCAAUCAGACAACGCACACUCUCAAGCUUCUGGGCAAGACUGUUGGUGGUGGCAGAGUAGUUGCCAACGUCAGGAUGGCGUACUCAUCCAAGUCUGGCGUUACGACCAAGAUUACAGUCCGCAGCGAGGAAGAGGGCGUGGCGUCGCUUGUUGUUGCAUCUGUUGCUUAA